GUGUCCUUAGAAUGCGAAGGUACCUGAGGGCCUGCUUCAGAGGCGAGAGCGCCGAGCCAGCGGGCUCGUCCGGACGGGCCUUGUCUUUGUGCUUCGACACCAAGCAAUGUAACCAUUCGCAUGAGCUGCCCAGCCCAGACUUGUGCACGCUGGCCAGCGCUUGCGGCUCCAAGGAGCAGUCCAGCAAUUCAAGCAGCCUGUCCUUAAUGAAUGCCAGCGCACCGUGCUUUGAGCAGUCCUGGGAGAGGCGGCAAGAGGCCGUCGGGUGCGCAACGGAAGCCCCAAGAAUAAACGCCGCUAACUUACCAGGUGUAAGGCCAGUUUGCCCACUCGUCGCCGACUUGCGCCUCACCGUGGCGAAUGAAGUUGAAAAGAUUCUCGAGGGCAUUGCGAUAAUGGACUCCCAUCUUCUGCGCGGCGAAAGCUCGAGCGUGUGCUUGAAAGGCAUGUGGUGUGGAGCACAAGCUUCCAUCAAACUCUUUCGAGCCAACUCGACAGCUCUAACACAGCUCGGUGGCGCGCUGAGCGCGCUGCAAGGCAACAUGUACAACCAUCCAUACCUCCUGCAGUAUUACUCCUGCAGUGUAUGCCUAAUGGCGCCGCCCACCUCCCCGGCUACAGCCGCCCACCCGGGCACGGACCCAUGCAGCCCGUGCGCCGCCGCGGAUGCGGUCGCCGCCGAAGCCGUACCCGUGUCUGACCUCCUCCUCAGCUUCCAAACACUGGGCGACUGCGCGCCGCCGAGCACAGGGUGCUCCGCCACCCCUGUCGCCGCGGCUGCUGCGGCCGGCAACAGCCGUACCAUGGAGUCAAUCCUGGGUAGCGCCUUUGAAUGCUGCCUGCCGCUGCCGGACGACGGCGGCGCACUCACCGGCGCCGAGGCGGCGCGCCUUGUGACCGAUGCGCUGCAGCCGUCGCCCGGUGACUGUGUGGUCGCACUCGUGUCCGAGCUGUGCCUGCUGGGCGACCUGCGGUCCGCGCUGCGCGCUGGCGUGUUCAACAGCAGCAGCAACAGCAGCAGCUGCAGUCGGCCUCACGACACCAGCUCGGCACCGGGCGUGGCGGCGGCGGCGCUCUCACGUAGUUGUAGCGGCGGCGGCCCCGGGCCAACCAGCGCUGCGGCUAUCCGUCGCGCCGCCGGCGGCGCAGCCGCAGCUGGCGGCGGCAUGGCGGGCUGGACGCCGGCGCGGGCGGUGCGCGCGGUAGUGGCCACGGCCCGUGAGGCAGCGCUGGGUGUGCUGCACCUGCACAGCUGCGGCGCGGCGCAUGGCAACCUGCGGCCCAGCAACAUCCAGCUCAUGGAGGCACACACGGACCGCCGCGGCUUCGUCGCAAAGGUGUCAGAUGCUGGCCUGGGCCCGCGCCACUCGGAACUGGGCCCCGACCUCCGCACCUACACCGCACCGGAGGCGCUCGUGUGGGGCCUGUGGGCGCCCUCCCGCGCAGACAUGCAGGCGGCGGACGUGUACAGCUUCGGUGUGAUACUCUUCGAGAUGAUCUCCGGCCGCCGCCCCACCGCCCAAGACCUCCAAAUCCUGGCCUGCGCCGGCACUGCAUCAGGCGAGGAGGUAGCCGGCGGUCCGAGCAGCACCGGAGCCGGCGGCCCGAGCACCGGAGCCGGCCGCGACGCCGCUGCCCAGUAUCCCCACGCCCCGCCAACGCCGCCGUCGCGGCCAAGUUGGCCGGAGGGCUGGGACCCGUGCGUGCUUCCGCCUAAGCUGCUGCACCUGUGCGGCUGGUGCUUGCAGCCCGACGCCGCCGCCCGGCCGCGCAUGGACGUGGUUGCCUCGCAGCUCACCCACACCGAGGCACAGCUCCGAGCGGCGGCUGCAGAGGCCAAGCGGCGUGCAGUGCACGCGCCGCCGCCGUCGCCGCCGCCGCCGUCUGGCGGCGCCAACUGCGGCGCCGGCGCCGGCGCCCCACCGCUGGGCGCCGCUGGCGCUCUGUGGCCUGCCAGUGCAAACGCCGUCAUGCAUCCAGCGGCAGCUGGCGGCGCGUACAGUACCAGCGGCGUGCACUUGGUCGUGCGGUCGGUGGUCGGUAUGACGCCGCCGGUGCCCAUUGCGGCGUCCCUGCAGCCGGUGAGUGUGCGCGCCGCAGUGGGUGGGCUGCCACUGGCUACGCCCGAGUCGGGUGGGCUGUCGACCGGAGCAUUGUAUGGACGGGAGCCGUUGCUGGCGGCUUGCGGCGGCCAUCGCGGCCUGCAGAACGCUGAGUCGUUGGAUUGGAGCGCGCUUCCCAGCGAAGACUGGGGUUAGCCCAAGGAGCUAAGACUUGGGAGGGCUGCAGCUACUGGAGUACUGACCCGGACUUCCAACCACCUAGUAAAUUGUGCGUAUGUCCUACUUUACCUUAUUUUGACUGGGCCCAUUCGGCCGAGCUACUACUGCUCGAUGGUACUGAAGGAGCGGCUGGCGGAUUUAAUGAACUCAUUCAUUGGCAAUGCGUGGCAAGUCAGAUGUUUCACUGACAUGGGUUGGAUACUGAGGGUACGGGUCGGCCUGUCAACUCGGAACAAAAUCAUGCUAUGUUGGCCAACUGGCGGUCCACACAAUUACUGUGCAAUGACCGACAGGCGGGGGCAAAACAGGCAGGGAUGCCCUGGCACCUUGGGAGCGGUGAAGGCACGUACACAAUAGAUUAUGGCCUACUGGUGGUGUGGAAUGAGUGCAUGCACGAACGUUGUGUGCAGAUGCGGGCACCUUGCCUGCACGGCAUGGGGCAUAGCACGUAGGUUAAAUGCCUCCACGUGUUAUGUCGAUUGUUCAUGUGCUGUCUGCCCACGUUUUAAACCUGGCACUACAGAACUAGGCGCUGUCAUGGGCAGGGCGAGCCCCGGGCGGUUGCAAUGGGGCCAAAAUGGGCGUUCAGCCCAAUAGUAGCUUCAAACUGUGAUGAUGGCGGUGUUAUAACGGGGGAUUUUCGUGCAAAGGGACUUGGUCACUGUGGUUUCACAACAUGUGGCUAAUACGGGGUUUGCUUCAGGCGCUUAUUCAUGAUUGCUAGCUUGAUUGUUGGCGCCACUGCUUUCUCAUGGGUCGGCGCCAUAAGAGAGCAGGCCGGCGGUUGAGUAACCAAUGCCAAUGCUGGAAUGACUGGCCACUGACCUAAAAUACAAUGAUGGGGGAAACAGUGCUGUAGCAAGCACAAGCUCACCCGCGCUUCAGGCUUUCUGGAGCUAGCUGCUGAUUCAGGUUGUUGUUUUGAUCCUCAGAGCGUCUCGGGUUGAUGGUCUGGCGGUUGGCGAGUCUAGGCGAGUCCGCGUGUUGUUUUUCGUGGUCGAACUGCGUGCUUUUGUGUUUCCGUGACUGCCGGCAUCUGGCGUGCUUUGGCAAGAGUUGUGCAUCGAGACGGAUUCAGAACAGUCAUGGCACAUCGACCCGACUAUAGUUGUGGGUGGCGCACAGGGGAGGUGCCACUCCCCUGGUGGCGCAUGCUGUGUUGCUCUGAUCCCUGCGCCGCUCACAGUAGUGCCUGCCAAGAACGCAUGGGGUGUUUGUGCAUCUGUCUGUGAGGAUGAGGAGCAGGGCAGUCGAGUUGCUGUCCAAGGCGCAUGAGCAGGUUCAUGCUAUGCCUGCUGCGGGAUCUACGGCCGUCCGAGUUCCGACCGAGCUUCGUCCGGUACCGGGCAGGUCUCCUCUGUACCAUAUCUCUGUUGUGACGCCAGUUGACGUUCUGGAUAAUCCGACACGCUUGGAUUGCGCUCGGCCUUACGGGCGCAGUACCAAGGUUGGCAAUUGUUGAUCACGUUUCCUGCUUAAGUGUGUCAUCUUGAAUGGGCUUGGCCUGUUGUGAACGCCAACACUUCGCGGAGUGCGCGUGCCCCAAGAGCGAUCGAUUGCU